AUGGAACACCCGCUCUUUGGCUGCCUGCGCAGCCCUCACGCCACCGCGCAAGGCUUGCAUCCGUUCUCCCAAUCCUCUCUCGCCCUCCAUGGAAGAUCUGACCAUAUGUCCUAUCCCGAGCUCUCCACUUCUUCCUCGUCUUGCAUAAUCGCGGGAUACCCCAACGAGGAGGGCAUGUUUGCCAGCCAACAUCACAGGGGGCACCACCACCACCACCACCAUCACCACCACCACCACCAGCAGCAGCAGCACCAGGCUCUGCAAACCAACUGGCACCUCCCGCAGAUGUCCUCCCCGCCGAGCGCGGCUCGGCACAGCCUCUGCCUCCAGCCGGACUCGGGAGGGCCCCCGGAGCUGGGAAGCAGCCCGCCGGUCCUGUGUUCCAACUCUUCCAGCUUGGGCUCCAGCACCCCGACCGGGGCCGCGUGCCCGCCAGGGGACUACGGCCGCCAGGCGCUGUCACCCGCGGAGGCGGAGAAGAGAAGUGGCGGCAAGAGGAAAAGCGAUAGCUCAGACUCCCAGGAAGGAAAUUACAAGUCAGAAGUCAAUAGCAAACCCAGGAAGGAAAGGACAGCUUUUACCAAAGAGCAAAUCAGAGAACUUGAAGCAGAAUUUGCCCAUCAUAAUUAUCUGACCAGACUGAGGCGAUAUGAGAUAGCAGUGAAUCUGGAUCUCACUGAAAGACAGGUGAAAGUCUGGUUCCAGAACAGGCGAAUGAAGUGGAAGAGAGUAAAAGGAGGACAGCAAGGAGCCGCUGCUCGAGAAAAGGAACUGGUGAAUGUGAAAAAAGGAACACUUCUCCCUUCAGAGCUUUCGGGAAUCGGUGCAGCCACUCUCCAACAAACAGGGGACUCUCUAGCGAAUGAAGACAGCCACGACAGUGACCACAGCUCAGAGCAUGCACACUUAUGAUAUACACGGAGGGGAUCAGCUCCGUUCUCA